CUAAACAAAAACUAAAUUUAUUUAUUCAUUCAAAAAAUAUUUAUAAAAUAAUAGUGACAACAAAAAACAGUGCCAUUUACAUGAAAAUUUGGUAAUGAGCAAUAAUAACAGAUUAAAAAAUAUUGUGAUCCAAAAGAAUUAUGUCUUCAAACUCAUCCCAAACGGAUCAAAUUCGUGAGGCUUACGAUACACUAUAUGAAAUAUCACGACUUCUAAACACUGGUUUGACUCCAGAAACAUUGCAGAUUUGCAUUCGUCUUUGCGAAGCUGGUGUUAAUCCUGAAGCUCUUGCACAUGUAUUGCGUGAAAUAAGAAUACAAUCUGAGACACACCAAAAAUCUGACGCUAAUAACUAAUUUUGGAGAGAUGGCUUGCUGAUCGACAGUGACAGCUUUGGACAUUACGCCAAGGGCCGUGACAUCAGACUUCAAAAGGUAGUCGGUUAUAAUAUAUAGUAUAAAUUAAUUGCCUUUGCGAUUCGUUCGGAGCCCUGG